GAUAUUUUCAAUCCGCACUCCCAGUUCAGUUGCAAUCCAGCUCUAAAAGCACUUCAAAGCCCGGCACUGCCUGGCUCAGUCGCUGCUGGAAUUACCUCCCUUAUCCUCGUUUUGUCUCCGAGUGAAUCUCCCUGGCUCUCUGCAACUCUUCUGAAAGGUUAAUAAACCUGGGAGGCUGCUGGGAGCCACCCAAGGGCAAGGGGACUCCACAGACAAAAGGAAUGCAGAAACGCUGUGUUAUUAUUUUGUGCAAGCAAAUUCUCAAAGUAAAGAUAUCCAAGGCUUUGAUUUGGCUCCUUAAAGCUCCCUCUGUUCCCAGCAGCAUUUGAAGACUCGGCUGCUUUGCAUAUCAGAGGCAGCUGACUUGGAGGCACAGGGAAUUCACGCUCACUUUGGAUGACCUUUUCCUUUGGGGAUGAGCUUCCACAAGAGUUUUACUUCUCUGACAACUUACUCCUGUUCACUGUCUGCAAAUGCCGCACACUUGGAAUUUACAUCAUCCUGGUACAUUCAAAUACAGCUGAGCUUUUCUGCAUAGCUGCUCCUUGUAACCAGCAGAAUCAAGUCAUGGGAUUAUGGAAUCACCUGUCUAUGUCUAUAUGGAGCUGUCAGCAUUUUUGUAUCUCAUCAUGGGACAGCUAGCAAUAUGAUCUGAUCUUUAUGGAUAGGGAGAAUAAAAGCUCAAGUACCAUUCAUAUAAUCUGAUUAUUUCCUUCCUUUUACACAGGACUGGGUUGCUUUCCUUAUCCAGUUUGAUCUCUGUCCCAAGGUCCCUGUGGUGUUACUCUGCCAGUGGAAUUGUCCCCUGCAAGUUUUAUGUGAGCAGGAGAGUUUAUGGCCUGAGUUCAUGGACCUCCUUCCCAAGGUUGUGCAGGUCCCUCUGGAGCAGAGGGAGGCUUCCAUGGCCGUGCCACCCCUGCCCUGCUCCCUGUGCCAAUGCUGCUUUGCCUCAGCACUGGGGUCCAGCUGGGAAAGGAAGUUUCCUUUCGUUGGGUUCAGCAAUCUUGGGAUUAAGCUGAAGGAGUUUUAAUUAACAAACUAAGCAUCAAAUAUGUUUUCAGGAUAGUCGAAUCAUUUUACAGCCACUUUUAUAUCAAAAGUGCAAAGGAAAGCCUGGUGGUGACACAAGUGUCCCCAGGUCUUUCUCUGCAGAGCUGAGAACUGGUGCGUGGUCCAUUUUUAUUUUACUUUAUUCCAUCCUGAAUGCAAAACCAGUGAAAUCUUAAAAGCAAAAAACACAUCAUUUUGUUUAAAUCUGCAUUAAAGGAAAGCUGAGCCCUUGGCCUUGACUCCUGCUGAUCUCCAGGUUAUUGGCAAGGAUGCACAAUUGCCUGAUACCCUUGACUGUCCCACAGGUCGAUGGCAUCGAUGGCAUCGCUGUGACUCAGGGGCCAUAAAGCUCCAUUGCCACGGGGCGUGGGCCAGGUGGGCUGAGAGCUCGGGCUGGUCUAUAAAGGCAGGGCUCAGCCCAGCUGAUCCACUCUGCUCCCUCCAGCUGCUGCUCUGCUGCCCAGGCUCAUCCCAAGGGAACAAUGGCAUUCUCAGGCAAAUACGAGUUCGAGGGCGAUGAGAACUACGAUGCCUUUGUGCAGAAGAUUGGUCUCCCCAGUGACAAGGUUGAAAUGGGAAGGAACUGCAAGAUUGUGACAGAGGUGGUGCAGAAUGGGAAUGACUUCACGUGGACACAGCACUUCCCGGGAGGCCGCACCACCACCAACACCUUCACCGUGGGCAAGGAGGCAGACAUGGAGACCAUGGGAGGGAAGAAGUUCAAGGCAACUGUCAAAAUGGAAGAUGGGAAACUUGUAGCUGAUUUCCCCAACUACCGCCACACUGCAGAGAUCUGUGGGGGGAAGCUGGUAGAGGUGAGUGCUCAAAGAUCCGGGGUAGUUCAUAAAAAAACAAAGAAAAUCCCCAACAUUUGAAGUUUAGGAAAAAAUCUUAAGUGAAGGACAGGCUCUGAGCCAUCCCCAGGGCUGUUCCCCUGGGACUCUGGAGCUCUGAUUACAUUGUCCAAGCAAAGUUUUGGGUUGUUCUUUCUUCCAGAUUUCUACUUCUUCUGGUGUAGUCUACAAAAGGACCAGCAAAAAGAUUGCCUAAGGCAGCAAGGCCAGUCUCUUCCAGUGCACUGAAAGCCAACAAUAAAAUAAAUAAAAUUAAGUUCUGUCUUUGUCUCUUUCUUGGUUUUACGAACAUAAUCAUGUUAAUGCUGACCUCAUUCCUAAAUAUCUGACAGGGGUGGAACCAGAUGAGAUUUAAGGUCCCUCCCAACCCAAACCCUUCUGUGGCUCUGAUUAUCUGC